CUUUAGGGCGGGCUGGGAACAUCUGAUCACGAACAGUCACGCGACCUUAGCCAGCUCUCAGUUAGACUACGCAUUGGAAGCGGUACCCUUUAUGAUGAGAUCUACCAUUAUGUGGACUCUAAUAGCGUGUCUUUGUACAUUGGCAAUUUCUGGAACCGAGUCCCAGUCAUUCUCGGAGCGCAGUUUGAGGCCGGAGAGCGCCGCCCUUGUGCAGUCUUUCAGGAAGUAUCUGGCGGGGGUAGAAAGGAAAAGACGGGAUGAAUUAGAGCGGGAUGGAAGAGCGAUCUCUAACUCAACACAAAAUCCAUUAAGCAGUCUUCUCUGUACGGAUAGGAAAGAUUGCGGGAACAUCAUUCAAAACUUUGGUCUCUAUCUGGAUCCCAAAUCAGCUCUGCGCAUGUGUAAAACUGGCCCAAAAGGUUCCCAACGAAUUCUUAUCCAGAGUAAUUACGACACAUCCCCAUACUGUCAGUACCUGCAGUCCCACUUCAAUAUCUGUGAAAACAAGACCGCGGUAAUGGAAAUCGGGUGUCAGUUUACUUGUGAGAAAUGCAAGGUUUGCGAUGACGACGAAUGUAAAUGCAGCAAGUACUCUAAGGGUAAAUACGUGGACGGACGCUACGUGUGUAAAUGUGACAAAGGAUUCCGUGGAGACGGCUUCACCUGCCUAAAUAUAGACGAAUGUAAAGAGGGGUUGGACGACUGCCACGAUACACGAGCUCACUGUACUGACCUGACACCUUUCUGGAAAUGUUACUGUAAGACGGGGUACAGCGGAGACGGCAAAACCUGCGAAGAUGUGGAUGAGUGCAUCAAGAAGGCUUUCCCUCCAAACAAAGAGUGUGACGAAUACGCUAACUGUACAAACACGGUGGGGAGUUACUACUGUACCUGUAAAACAGGCUUCACAGGAGAUGGAUACUUCUGUAACGAUAAAGACGAGUGUGAUUUAGGAGAGGACUCGUGUGCACGUGAUUCCGAUGACACCAGGAUUGCUAAAUGUACAAACACCUUUGGUUCCUAUAAAUGUUCCUGUCAUAUAGGAUACAAGGACAUGGGCAAAGACGGAAGACAGUGUGUUGAUCGUAAUGAAUGCACAGAAGGAGGACACAACUGUCAUAAGAACGGGUUCUGUAAGAACACCAUUGGUUCCUUUACGUGUGAAUGUAACAAGGGAUACGAGGGAGAUGGAGUGCGUUGUCUCUGGUCUAAUCCAUGUCUUCCACUCGGCAAAAAUAACUGUCAUUCAAAGGCUGAGUGUAUCGCUGAUCUUGAAAACCAUAAUUACACCUGUGAAUGUAAUGAAGGAUACAGGAGCACUGGCAAAGAUUCUUUGCCUGGUAGAAAUUGUGACAACAUCAAUGAGUGUACAGAUGGAACUCACAAGUGUGACAGGAGCCUCGUCAGGGCUACGUGUACAGAUACAGAGGGAAGCUACAAAUGUUCUUGUAACAAAGGCUGGCAGGGAAACGGUUCUCCAAACUGUACCGACGUGAAUGAAUGCUUCGUUAAUACACACAACUGUGUAGGAUUAGCAAUGUGUGUGAAUACCCCGGGCUCCUUUAGAUGUACAUGUCCCAAAGGUUACGCUUUGGCUGCAAACAAACGAAGUUGUGUUGAUAUUAACGAGUGUGCUCUGGGUACAGAUAAUUGUCAUAGUUUAGCGACCUGUAAGAACACGGUUGGUUCCUUUACCUGUACAUGCAAAACAGGCUACGAGGGAUCUGGAACAAUGUGUAGAGACAUUGACGAGUGCAAACGAGGUCUGGAUAAUUGUGACUCGCGCGCCACUUGCACCAACACCCAGGGUUCCUACACAUGUGCAUGUAAGAUAGGAUUUGCAGGAAAUGGAUUCAAUUGUACAGAUAUUGAUGAAUGUAAACUCGGAACACACAGUUGCAACACGACAUACACAACCUGUAAAAACACAAUUGGAUCAUAUCGCUGCCAGUGUAACACUGGAUUUGAACCUGAUGGAAAUGAUUGUAAAGAUAUUAAUGAAUGUGGAAGAAACACCCAUUCGUGUUCGAAAUACGCUUCUUGUCAGAACACUUGGGGUUCGUACCAAUGUCAGUGCCGAGUGGGAUUCACAGGAAAUGGCUGGAACUGUAGAGAUGUUGACGAAUGUGUGAAGGGAACAGACACUUGUCCUGAGCCAGAAGAAGGAGUGUGUACCAACACUAUAGGGUCCUACAAAUGCUCGUGUAUCACAGGAUACGACUACAAGAAUAAUAAAUGCAUAGAUAUCGACGAGUGUGUCCGAGGUACCCACAACUGCACAGGGCCUUCUCGCUGUAAUAACACUAUAGGGUCCUUUAGAUGUGAAUGUCACACUGGGUAUGAGCUGAAGGGUGGGAAAUGUGUUGAUAUUAAUGAAUGUUUGAGAAAAACGGACAGUUGUGAUAAGGGUCCGGGAUAUUCUACGUGUACGAAUACGAUUGGAUCAUAUACAUGUAAAUGUAACUCUGGAUUUGAAGGAAACGGAUUUAUUUGUAAAGAUGUAAAUGAAUGUGACAGAGGAAGCGACAAAUGUCAUGACAAAGCUGAUUGUAUCAACACGAUUGGUUCCUAUAACUGUUCAUGUAUAACAGGAUAUGAAGGCGACGGAUUCCUCUGCAAAAAUAUUGAUGAGUGUAGAAGAGGGACACAUACAUGCGAUAAGAGGACUUCCCCCAAACGAGCAACAUGUACAGAUACGCCGGGGUCUUUUACUUGCAAAUGUAACACUGGGUUUACUGGAGAUGGAAAGAAUUGCCGAGAUAUCAACGAAUGUGACCCGUAUAUUAAUACACACAACUGUCAUCGUCCACACGCUGAAUGUGCCAACACAAUCGGAAGCUUCACCUGUAAAUGUAAAAAGGGAUUCCGAGGAGACGGCUACACCUGUAAAGAUAUUGACGAAUGUAAAGAGAACACACAUAAUUGUCACAGACCCCACGCCAUGUGUGACAAUACCAUUGGUUCCUUCAAAUGUAAAUGUAAGGUUGGAUAUAGAGGGGAUGGAUUCACAUGUACACCCGUUAAACAUUGUCUGGAGGGAACAGAUAAGUGUAGUAAAUAUGCCAAAUGUACAGAUCUUGUCAAAGGAGGGGAUUACAGCUGUGAUUGUAACUUUGGUUUCUUUGGGAGUGGAAAAACAUGCACUGGAAGUCGAGGAAAACGAUUUGUUGUUCUCUUCAUGAAAAAUAUAAUGGAUCCUACACAAACAAGCCCUGGCCCCAAGCACGCACAGAUUUACAUAGCGUCAAUUGAUAAGACCGAUCUCAAAGUCUCUACAUCUGCAGCAUUGACUUCGAAAUUAAAAACCAAAAUAGACAUGAGAGAAUCAAUGAAAUCAAAUUCUGAGAAGAUAAUCACCAUACCCUUUGAAAUUAGAGUCAACGAUUUUCAAGUAGAAAACAGGGGAAUCAUAGUAGAGACAACUAAAAGUACUUCUGUAUUUGCUCUGAAUCAUGACGGUUAUACAUCUGACAGCACUCUUAUCCUGCCCACGGACAGACUUGGGACAAAGUACAUUGUACCAACAACAGUUCCUUACGAUAGCCGGCACACUGACUACAACAGCCAGAUAGCCUUUGCAGCAGUUGAAGACCAAACGCGUGUAACUAUCGUUCUAAAACUCCCAGUAGGACAGUCCAUUAGCUAUCUUGGAAAGAGGUAUACGGACGGAGGUAGAAUCAUUGUGAAUUUGAACAAGUUCCAAACUUUCCAGCUAUCGCACAAUGGUGAUCUGACUGGAACCAGGAUUUCUUCAAGUAAAAUUGUUGCAGUUUUCUCUGGAAAUCGAUGUAACAAACUAAAUCGAUUCGGCUACUGUAGUCAUUUGGUGGAGCAAAUCCCUCCAGUGGAAAGUCUAGAUACAACAUAUGUGGUUCCCCCACAUGUGGAGAGAAGUGGAACUCAUGUCAAAGUGGUGGCUGCUCACACAGGUUCCACAACCUUCUCAUAUUCUGUGGACAAAUCGAAAAAAUCAACAACUAUAGGCACAUAUGGUAACUUUGAUAAAAUUGUUACUGGUAGACAAGCGGUCGUCAUCGAGGCUAAGCGACAGGUGCUUGUUUUGAGUUUUGGUCUUGGGGCAUUUAGGUCAAAGAACGGAGAUCCCUACAUGACAAUGGUACCUGGGGUAAACCAGUAUGUUCAUCAAUACCACAUCGCUGUCCCAGAUGGAUUUGCUAAAAACUAUAUCGCUAUUAUUGUGAGGAAAAGUUCCAAGAAUAACUUACGAGUAGACAAUGCCAGCAUAAAUUCUUCGGAUGUCGUGUCGCAGAGUACUGUCAGUGUCGGAGGCACAGAGUAUGUAGCAAUGGCUGUCAGUAUCACCAAGGGUGUGCACCGAGUGGAGACCACAGACAAAUCACGGUUCGGUCUAAUGGUUUAUGGACAUGGUCAAGAUGAUGGGUACGGUUUCGCUGCUAACAUUCUUGGUCCUGGAAAAAUCUGAAAAUAAAGAUAACAAUCUCGAAUUCAUUCAGGGUGUACUUUGAAUUCAAAUUUCUUGAAUAAAUAGGCAAAAUUAUA